AUGUCCAAGCUUAUUUUAAUCCUCCUAGUAUUCACUCUCUUCUUCACGCAAACACUCUCUCGUCCUACUCGUCCCAAAAGUGUAGUUACCAUGUACUGGGUUACAUCUGAAAAUGAUUUUAAACCAUCUGGUAAAACAACCAUUCGCACCUGCCAAGGAAAAUCACUCGCUACGGUAAAAUCCAACUUUGCAGAAGCUUUGAGGAUCGAAGGUACUGGAAUAACGAGCAGUGGGAAAAUGUUCAAUCUCGGUGAUUGUGACUGCGGUGACGGGUUCAGCUGCUUUACAGAAGUAGACACGCAACUCUUUCCAUUCGGGAUAUCUUCAAACGAUGAAGCGCUCGACCCGUUUGCAAGCGCUGCUGCGAAUGAUUUUCCAAUUGGAACCAAACUCUUUGUUCCUGCGUUUAAGGGAUUAAAAUUACCAAACGGUUUGAUUCAUAAUGGAUGUGUGAAGGUGGCUGAUCGCGGAUACGGAUUUGGUGCAAAUCACAUCGACUGGUUUGUUUCGACAGAAGCUAACUAUAAUCAAAUCGCCAACAAUGUCCCCGAAACUACUAUCGUGAAGAAAGCUGAUUGCGAGUUGUUGAAAUAUACGGACACGGCCUAA